AUGCCGCCUGCCGUUCCGUUCCAACCUAGCGAGGCUUGGAUAGCGAGCAUUACAACCGUAACGAUUGAAGAAGUGACGCUCUGUGCGAUUGGUAUUUUGGCAACAGUUAUUAGGGUGUGCGGUCGGGCUAGAGCCGCGGGUUUCAAAGGCCUUCGAGCCGAUGAUUACCUAGCGUCGGUUGGAGCGCUAUUCUAUGCCAUUCUCACUACGCUUUCGGUGUGCAUCGGCUACAUGGCCUGGGCCCUGACAAAUUCCAGCAUGGCGGACGAACAGCGAGCCGCACUCGCACCGGAUGAUGCCGAGUUUCAGCUACGGGUAAUGGGCUCCAAGUUUCAGAUUGGGCGUUGGGUGAGUUAUAUGGCGUGUCUCUGGGCGCUGAAAGCAUCACUUUUGUUCUUGUAUCUGCAAUUGACGGAAGGCCUUGGACGCCACUACGCUGUUCGCAUCUACGUCGGCUUUGGUUUGCUUAUUACAAGCUGGAUUGCUGUCCUAGUAAACCUCCUUCUUGCAUGCCGCCCUUUCUACAAAUACUGGCAGAUUCAGCCAGAUCCCGGGAAUAUUUGUCAGCCGACUGUGUCCAGCCAAAUUAUUUGGGUCAACAUGUCGCUUAAUAUUUUUACCGACUUAUAUCUGAUAUCUAUACCAGUCCCCUUGCUUUGGCGAUCCUCUUUUAAACCCAUAAAAAAAAUAGGGCUUAUAGUGCUAUUCAGCGGCGGUUUAUUAGUUGCAGUUUGUGCUGUGCUUCGUUCUGUCCUGGUGUUUACUGACCCCAUCGAUGGUUCGCGCCUUGCCUGUUUAUGGGCUUCUCGAGAGGUCUUCGUCGCAGUUGUCACGACCAACCUUCCUAUAGUAUUCCCUCGCUUCGCGCGCUGGUUUACCCAAGUGUUUGGCUUAAUGCUCUCACUGGGUUCCCAGAAGCAAAGUGACAGGACGCCAACUGGCUUUCGAUCGUUUGGAGGGGGCGGCAAAUAUGGCCCGAGGUGGCUUCGUCGUGGCCCGCCUAGUCCGAACCCUAUUACCGACUUGACCUUAACUGCGAGUCAAGUGGAGAUGAUUGACAGCAGCGAUUUGCAGCUUCUCGACGCCGCGGAUAGGCGUCAACGUGGCGCUGAAGACCAGUCAAUUAAGACAUCGUUGACGACGACGAGCCUGACGCCACUUUGA